ACCAUAUGACCAAAAGAACCGUCACAAAUUUGCGUAUAUAGUUAUAGAACGGUUUCAUUAUUAUUUCAACAAAAUUAUCAAAAUAGUUGAUCUCAGAUUCUCUACAGUUACAAUGUGUAUUACGGAUUGCUGAACAACAUUUUUGAAUACAUGAACACAGCAGUAGACUUUGACUGAAGUAGCAGCAGCCAGUAAACACUAUUCGUUCAACAAGAUGGAACGAGGAUUGUGUGCUCUUCUUUUCGGCUUCAUUUUACUCCAGUUAGCAGAUGCAGCAGCUCGGUUCACCAAACAUCCUGAAGAAAAGCUGUACAUAGUUAAAGGUCAAACUGCUAAGUUAACGUGGGACUACCAAGUCGAUAAUAUCGACAAAGAGUUUGAUUCCCAAUCACCAAGAUGGUAUUUCCAUAAUUACAGUUAUAUGAUUGGGUAUGGUGACGGAUUUGAUGGAUGGAAAUUUAAGAUCAGCUUAAAAACUUGUCCACUUCGGUUACUAACACCCACAGUACGAGUGAGUGCGGAGGGUAGAGCUACUUUGGUCAUCACUAAUGUGACUCGGGCUGAUUCUGGUACAUAUGUCUGCACACUGUUUUUACUCAGUGGUUCUAUCAGUUCGAUGCCAUCAAGCAAAGCUAAACUGAUUGUUACAGAAAUACCAUCGUUUAUAAAAAAGCCAAAUGCAACAACUAUAACCAUUGAACACAUGGACUUGAAUAUGAAUUGCUCAGCGGUUGGUCAACCAACACCAAAUGUCACAUGGUUACAUGUUCAGCAAUUUUCUAAAGUUCCUAUUAUCAGGGGUAUAGGAACUGCUGUUCUAAGCUUAACCAACAUUCAAAGAAAUCAAAGUGGGACGUACGAGUGCCAUGCAUCCAAUAACCCAAAUGAGAAGCUGGUCAGAGCUAGAACUCUUCUUAUUGUCAACUACAAGCCAACGAUUUUAAAACCUUUGUCGCCUGCUAAAAUAAGUUCUUGGUCUGGUAGCACCAUAACCCUGAGGUGCAAUCUUUCCAGCUCACUACCCAGUCCAACCUGGACAUGGUACAAGCCCAAUGGUAACCGUAUUACCAAUGUCCGUAAUAUUACUAAUGGUAGUGAGGUGACAGUGCUGACAGAAGAGAGUGGUGAUUAUGGGAUUUACAUUUGUAGAGCAGCAAACAUUGCUGGUAGCGACUCAAUCAAUAUCAAUGUGCUACAACUUUUUCCACCGGGGUCUCCAAGCUUUAAUGUUACAGAUAUCGAAGCUUCUUCUGCUGUUGUACGGUGGGCAGAACCAGUUGACAAUGGUGGUAGUAAAUUGACUGAAUACAAAGUGGAAAUUAACUCAAAGACCUAUAUCAUCGCUUCCUGGAAACAUAAGCAUUUCACUAUUCCUGGUCUCACCAAAAACAAAAUUUAUGUUGUCAAAUUGUACGCAAAAAAUGCUGCAGGUUAUGGGAAUGCCUCGAGUAAGACUUUUACCACUAAAAAGGAAGGACCACCAGGUCCACCUGUUUUGAAAAUAAUUAGAGUAAGUCCUACAACAGUGAUAUUAAGUUGGUCAAAACCAGAAGAAAAUGGAGGUGAAAUAGAAUACUACACAAUCUACAAGAGACUUGCUGGGGAUGACGAUUGGUUGCAGGUUGGCACACUUUCAGGUGAUCCACUCACAUACACUGUUAAAGACCUUCUUCCAGGCAAGACGUACAGCUUUCAUGUCACUGCGAAAAAUAAAGAUGGAAGCAGUUUGAUGGAUGUUAAUAGGAUAACCGUGACAUUACCUGUUGAAACCACUACUCCUCACCCCUCAACAAGUGCUAUUGCAUCAACAUCAAGAAGUGGUUCAAGGCUCCACCCGUGUGAAGAAUGCAAUUGCUCUACAAAAGUUGCUGUUUUGGCAGCAAUCCUUGCACUCUCAGUACUGGUCAUCAUACUGCUUGUAGUUUUCAUCGCAUGGAAACUUAGGACUAAUAAACCGAAAAAUGACAAUAAAGAAGAGGCAGUUUACUAUAAUGCCCAUGCCCUGGGAAUGACAUCUUUGCCUAAAACAGUGAAUCAGUCAAGUGCUAGGACCAGGGAUCCAAAUCAAGAGCAUUAUCAGCAACUUAACCCUUGCACCCUGCAAAGCCCUGCUGAUGCCGUACCAACAUACGAACCAGUGCGAAGCGUUGGGGCUAGUGAACGUAAUGAUCAGCACACUUACCAAGCCUUACGUAAUCACCCGAGUGUUUACCAGAGCCUGCAAACAUACGCUAAUGUAACCACUGCGUGAUGCAAUUAAUAAUGAACUUUAUACAAUAAUUUGGAUGCUACGCGCGUUCUGAUUGACCGACUGCCGUGUUUGUAUCAGAGUAUAAACAUGGUUUUGACGUCACCAUUUUUUGUCAAGUGCGAUUGAAAACUAGAAGUAGAAUAGGAAAAAAUGCAGCUAUUUAUACAAAAAUGUAUCCGAAAACUUGGUAACAACUAGUUAUGAGUAUUCUGCAUAAUGUUUUACUAUUUCUUGUAGGUUUUGAGUGCAUGGAAUCUUCGGUAUAAACUAGAUAAACAAAGCAACUUGAAACUGGAAGUAAAAAAUCAAAUAUGUAAUAAGCUUAACUGCACCUUUAUUAUUGUAAAUAGCGUGUGGAAAGCAAGUUACAUUUUUCUAUGAAGCUAAAAAUUGAGGAAUUUAAUAGUGAGUAUUUUGCAUUUUAUUGAGAUACUACAUAAGAAAAGUAUUGCAAGAAUUUGUCGAUUUGCGCUUGAGAAUCGAGAUUUCUUUCAGUUCAACGAUUGUUCAUAAUGAGUCUCUUUAUAAAUUCGUUACGUACUAGCACAAGAUAAACAAGCUACUAGUUCAACCUAAAAACAUGAAUACCAGCUUAUUUAUUAAACGUAAUUUAUCCCA